AUGCAACUCGGUGAUAAGAAACUUAUUGUCCAGAGAGCCAGUGUGGGUGCCAAGAAUCCUGCAACUAGUACUGGUCAAAUACUUGCAAUCGCUGGUAUUAGUGAUCCUGUUUUGACUAAUACUACUGGCUCCGGCAAUAUCACUGUUCGAGGCGGUGGACCUCCCACUGAGGUCUUGUGUCUCAUGAACAUGAUAGACCAAGGAGAACUCGAAGAAGACGAAGAGUACGAGGAUAUCGUUGAGGAUAUUAGAGCCGAAUGUGGCAAAUAUGGAACAGUUCGCAGUCUGGAGAUACCUCGGCCAAUACCGGGAGUUGAGGUUCCGGGUGUCGGGAAAAUAUAUGUUGAAUUUGCCAGUCUAAUCGAUUGCCAAAAGGCCGCAACUGCGUUAACGGGUCGCAAAUUUAACCAGAGACUUGUUGUAACUUCAUUCUUCUCUCCUGAUAAGUAUCACCGCCGUGAAUUUUAA